AUGAUGCCAACCAACGACAUUCUCACUGAACACGAAAUCGCCAUCAACAGCGCAGAAAGACGCGUCUUCCAUUUACUUCACUCUUUGGAAUGGCAACUUCACUGCGAAAAGGUAAUUAAAUUCUUUUUUCAAUUUCGGAGUUUGAAUAUCAAUACUUUGUGAAUUUCUAGUCUUUGUUUUUGAAAAGUUUUCCACUGAUUUGGUAGGAAAAAUUUUGAUUUUUUCUUAAAGUUUUAUUACGAUUUCCCAAUUCUCUCAGAAAAGCGGUUGUAUUUGGCGAAUGAGAUGCAAUAUCACUGAAAACAACAUGUUUCGAUUUGAAGGAAUUAUACACAAUCGAACUCCGGCUGAGGUAUUUCGAAUUGCUCGAUCAAAAAUUGAAAAAAAUUUUUAAAAAUGAAGGUCGCAGUUAUGAUCCAUCCAGAAGGUCUUCACCGGGCCAAAUGGGACAGUCAAUCGGCUGGAACCAGUCUUCUUCAAGAAGUUGAUCCAGUAAGCUCAGUUUUUAGAUUUAUAGGGCAAUGAGGAAACUAAUUAAAACUCCUUAAAGUGUUCAAAACUUUUUUGAACUUUCAAAGUGAACGAAACAAGUUCAAAUUAUAAAAAAAUCAAAAAAAUUUUUAAUUUUUUUCAAAAGUUGAACUGAAUGAAUGUUGAUGCAUGGUUCAUAAAACCUUAUCAAGUUUUUUAAAAAAAUGUUUUUAUAAUGUUACCUGAACUACUGAAACACAGAAUUUUUUUAAUAACCCCCGAGAAGCUCGAAAAACUUUUUUUUUUCUUUGACACUUGUGAUCCCAAAUUCAGGAAACCUCAAUAAUACUCCACGAAACAAAAUCGAGAAUGAUGGGUCUUGUUGCGCCGAGAGAAACCGUUGACCUUUGUCGCUUUUCAACUGACCCUGAAGACGGUUGAGUCCACAUUUUUAUUUGGAAAAACAGCAAUUUUUUUGUUUCGAAGCUCUCAUUUUUAACAUAACCCCAUAACAUAAUUUCCUUUUCAAGGUACUAGAACGGUUGUGAUGGUGAGUGUGAGUCAUGAGAAAGCGCCCCUCCGUGCAGGAACUGUACGAGCUCACACCCAUCCUACUCUUCUCGUUAUCAGCCCACUGUAAGUAUAAUGAAAUUAACAAGACCAAAAUUUGAUUGAAAGUUUUCUACUCUUUUCUGGAGUAAAAUUACGUCUGAUUUUCCAAAAAACAAUUUUCCCGAAUUAAUGAAUUUUUUCCAAAUAAACAAAAAACGAGUGUUUUACCAAUAUUCAAAACAAUUCUCCUAGGGGCACGUCGGAUACAAAAAUAACAUCGAUUCUCCAUGCAGAACUCCAUCUUUUUGGCGUUCCAACUUCUGUUGUCGAAUCGCUGAUUCCGAAAGUGGGAUGAUAAUCUUAUUUUAUAGAAAAAAUUUUUUUCAGGGGAUUCAUACGUUUUUUGACGACCUCAACAAAUACGCCUCAAAAACAAGAAACGAAGGUCUCUCUGCAGCAUCAACUCACUGGAUGGUGCUAAACUUUUUUUAG